AUGACGGCCAAGCGGACGCGCAGCGCGGCCUUCUCGGCGCACGACAAACUCGUGCACAAGAGCUGCGUCCUGCUGCGUCGUGAAGCGAAGAAGGUGCGCGCGUUUAUGGUGCGCAAGCUCGUGCAGCAACUGAAACAGGUGCGCCAGCAGCUCGACACUCGUCUGCCGGACGCGGCCCAGCAGCAGACACACGAGCUCAAGUUGCGCGCGAGUGUGCACAAGUUUGAGCGCGAACACGCAGUGCUGAAGGCGCUGGACCUGGAAAAACUAGUGGAGAAGGCGAAGCUGCAGACGGGGCUGGACACGCCGCUGGAGGUGCUGCAUGGGCACGAGGCGGUGGACAGAGAAUGGGACGAGGAACAGAGCGACAGCGGCGGCGAAGAACGCAGCAGUGAAGUGGCUGCUGAAGAUACUAACGACAAGGAAGAGACGGAGUUGAUUGGGGACGAGCUGAGAGGUGCUGAACAAUGUCAGGCAGGGAAGGAGAGGGGUGAUGCUGCGCUGGAGGAGAAGCUGAUGGACCGAGUGCUGGCCCACAAGCAGAUUGUGGUCGUGCUGGAUGCCAUUCGACGCUUGGUGAAAGAAGAGGAGAAGGAGGCGGAAAGGAAACGUCGGGCACAAGAGAAAAGGGCGCUGAAGCGGGGGCGUCAUGAGUCGCUGGUCGGUAACACAGGACGUAGUGGUGUGGUGCCCACGUCACUGUUUCUCGGCUCGUUAUCGGGUCGAGGGGAAGUCGAUGAUGGGAAGCUGGAGAUGGAUGCGGAUGGAUAUGGGGCAAUAGGUAGAGCGGACGACGAUAUUGCCGAGUUUCUGGGCGAAAAGAAAAAGAGGAAGAAUCGACCUGGACAGGUGGCACGUCGGACGAAGGCCAUUCGUAAAGAGGAGGCGCUCAAGCGCAAGGAAGAACGCGCGCAGGGGAUAUUUGUGCCGUACAAAGAUACCACGGUUUCUGCAAGCGGUUAUGGUCUAUCGGAGCGACCGAAGAAGGCCAAGAUGAAGGCCAAGCCAGGCAAGAGGGACAAGCCGCAGUCGCUCGGCGGAAAAACACGGACGUCUGCGAAAGAAGUUGCACCUCAAAAAGAGCAUGUCAUCGCUCCCGCAUCGGCUCCGAUGAAUGCUGCGCACCCGUCGUGGCUGGCGAAGCAGAAACAAAAGGAGAAGGAGAAGGUCAGCUUGACUGCGUUUAGUGGUAAGAAGAUCACAUUUGACUAG